AUGGAUCCUUAUCGUUUGUCAGAUGAAAAUUUUGUUGAUCUUUUGAAUUCUCAAAAAGUUCUCAACGUUUCUGAUAAUCCUAACCCUCCACAUUCUGCUCAAUCCUCUCAGCCGAUUCAAUUUAGCAACCCAUUCUCUUCUGAGCCACCCCACUUUACCUCAACAUUCUCUUCUCAGCCACCUCAUUUUAGCUCAACAUUCUCUUCUCAGAAUCUUAACUUUAGCCCAGCAUCCGAUACUGAAGACUGUAUUGAGGUCGAAGAGACUGAAGAAGACGGAGGCAGAGGAAGUAGGAAGAGGUGGACUGCAGAGGAGGAUGUCAACCUCAUAAGUGCUUGGUUAAACACCAGCAAGGAUCCAGUUACCAGUAAUGAGCAGCGGAAAUAUAGUUUCUGGCAGAGAGUUACAAGGUAUUUCGAAGCAAAUGGUGGAUCAGCUGGUUCAAACGCAAGAGGGCAAACACAGUGUAAGGCUAGGUGGAACAAGAUAAACCACCAAGUCAACAAGUUUGUGGGCUGUUACGCACAAGCGUGUACAAGAAGGAAGAGUGGAGAAUCAGAAGAUGAUGUCUUGAGAAUGGCUUAUGAGCUUUUCAAUAACGACAUGAAGAAGCCAUUUCUCCUUGUACAUUGCUGGAGGGAGCUGAAGCACGAUCAGAAAUGGCUCACAGAAGAAUGUAGCCACAAGCGGACUAAGCUUGCAUCUGAGGCUCCUACUUCGAGUAAUGAUGGUGCUGAGAAGAGGCCUCCGGGAGUUAAAGCUGCUAAGAACAAAGGGAAGAGACCGACUGUUAGUAUUGAUGUCGAAGAUGGUUCUGUCCAUAAGUUAGACAAGAUCAUUGCAAUGAAGGAUCAAGAACAAGCAGCUAAAGAGAAGCAUGGCAAAAUGAGAUUGCUAAACAGCCUGCUUAACAAGAGUGAACUAACAACUGCUGAAGUUGCUCUUAGAGACAAACUCGGUUUCGGGAACACAAAUGUAGCUGUGGAACAUGUCAUGUGA